UUGUGAACUUGAUACAAUUUUAUUUUGGAGUAAAAAUAAAUAUGCCUUACGUAAAGAACAAAUCUUACGUAAACAUACCUUUCUCUUCAGAAACAGCCUGCGCAGAUUUUUACAUUUACUACGAUUUAGUGGAUUUGGCCAAGAAGUGCGAAUUGCUAAGCGAAACUGUAACAAGAUGUAGAACUAUUGGAGUGCUACAAAGUAUUCAUGGAAAGUUCUAUUUGACUGAGAUGGAUACUAACACCAAAAACUCUGAUAUCAAAGUCAGAGUAUCAAUGAUCUACUUGAAAUCCCCAAUGCCUUCAACUGUAAUUCCUUACCCCGUGCAAGUGUUUGGGACCAUGCAGUGGAAGAAUCGACCUGUCAUCUAUGCUAAACUGAUAAAGGUUCUCGACACAUCAACAGCUUUACGCAUGAGAGAAACCAUGAAUACCAUAGCAAAAUUACAUUUGGCCAAGAAUUAUAAUGAAGGCUACAUAGAAGACUGUGAUGAUUCCCUUUUUGAAGACUCAUUUAAUAUUUCUAAAUUCAUUUAAUAAGUAAUUAUUAAUGUUAUGUGAUACAAUGCCUUUGAACUUUGUGAUAUUUUUUAAGGAUAAUAAACCAUAAGUUAAAUGUUUGUAUGCCUGUUUUCAUCCAUAUCAUCAACUAUUAAUUUAAACAAUGAAGUUUUUGCAAGCAUCUAUGAGAAAAUGUUCACAUAGUCAAACUGGUUGUGUGCUGGUUGAGCAGAGUAAUACACAAGAUGAAAAGAAUGCAUAUUUAUUACAUCUUAAAUAAAUAGAUUAAUUAACAAUAAGUGAUAAAAUUUACAACACUCCAUCACCAACCACACCUGCUGUAUAUAAAAAAAUUGGCAAUGAAAAACAUUUUCAAGAACAUUACAUGAAGCAAAUGUAACAGCUAUCAGUAAAUAAUUAUAUCAAACUCUGCCUAAUGUAAGAAUGUCUUGGGGAAUCUAUACUAGUUUCGUUACAAUAAUAUCAAUAACAUUUGGUACACUUAUUGCAAAUGUUAGUUAUAAACACUGUAUGGAAUGCUCUUCCCAUUAACAAUUCUUGAAAGAGUUUUUAUUAUUUUUAUGGGUAUCAUGCUUAGGAAAAUAAUAAUAAUAGGCCUUUUUCAUAAUGUCAAUCGAAAUAUUAAGAUCUCUUCAAAGUUAAAAAAUUGGUGCUUUGUGCAGAUUUCGAGUACAUACAGUUGAUUCUAAGAUCUUAAUUUUGUAGGAAAUUAAAAAAGGGUAAAGGAUAAAUUAUGUUGAAACAAAAACUUGAUGAAAAGUAAAAUAAAAAUACCAUUAUUAGUCAUAUGUAAGCAUGAAAUACCUUGAACUGAAAAUAUACUUAUAUUUUAAAAACAUAAGUAUUUUACUCAAAUAAAGAAAAAUUAAGAAAUUGGAAUCACUAAAGAAUCGGUAGAGUGCACUCUAAAAUAUAGAACAGCUGGUUAUUUCAUAUUUAAUUUUCUCCAAAAAUAUUU